AUGAAGUAUGCCACAAGUCUUGCCGUGCUAGUUGGACUGGCGAAGGCUGGUCCACUGCUAAGUACAGCAACUGUUAACCCGGGCAACUGGCAGCAAGUUCCGUCCAACUUGACUUGGGCCAAACACAAUACAUCCACAUCGACCACCGCAUUGUCAAGUAUCGUGCCAAAUAGCCCCCGACCAACCAUCGGAGUCCAAGAGUUCCUCACGCUCUCGCAAUCGUUCAAGUUUGAGAUCCGCAGUGGACGCUGCGAAAUCACCAACCUGCCCGGCAGCGCCGCUGGCUUCUUCUGGCGCGUGGUGUAUGACCUAGAUCUCAAGGGCAGCUUCCGCUUCGAGACAUGCGAGCGAGAACAGCAUGGCCGCGUCUUCACCAAGAUCCAGGGCCAAUACGUCCUCGGCUACGCCGUCAAGUACAGCCAGGUCACGUCAGGCGCGGAGCUGAUUUGCGAUAGCGGUGUCCUCAGCUACGUCAACGUCCAAAGCUCUGGUGUCGUAGUCACUGCCGUCACCGAGUCCACCGUUAUUGAAAAGUACAGCAAUACCAUGUAUGCAUGUACCGAAGCCGCUCAAUGUGUCCCGUCAAAGUGCGAGAAUGGCUGUAAGAAAGGCGUCAAGGACGACAAGGACACCUCUCCCUCUUCCUGUGGCGGCCCCAUCCCAAAGCCUGGCUCUUCAAAGCGGGCUCUUUUCUUCCUCGACAGCAACCCAGAAGGCGCCUCCAUCAUCGGGUUGCCGAUCCUGCAAGAUGGUUCUUUGGACAAGAGCAGAGCUGUGCGCACGCCAACUGGCGGACGCGGGUCUAUUUCUCGGAACAUGAAUGGAACAGUCAGUGUCGACCCUCUAUUUUCCCAGGACUCUGUCGUGGUCAAUGGAAAAUACCUCUACACGGUGAAUUCCGGCUCCAACACGCUGGCCCGAUUUGAAAUACCCGACGCGGACCCUGCCAGUCCAAAGCUCGUAGGCGAGCCCGUUCAUACCGGCGGCGAAUUUCCCAACUCGGUGGCCGUUUCGGACAAGAACGAUAUCGCUUGUGUCACGAAUACCGGAAGACGAGCGGGAGUCCAGUGUUUUAAAACUCUCGACCGUCUCCAACCUUUGGGCGACUACAUGCCGCUGCCCAUAAACCAGACAACACCCCCCGUCGGCCCUCCGAAUUCAGUUUCCGACAUCGUCUUCAACCCUUCGCAGACGGCUCUGUUCGUCACCAUCAAGGGCAACGGUAUGGGCCCCGGCUAUGUGUAUGCCUACCAAGUCGUAAAUGGCCGCAUCAACCCGCAGCCCGUCAUCUCCCGCCCGCCAGGCCUACUGCUCGAUUUCUCCCUAACCUUGCUCUCCGACUCGGCCGGCGUCGUCACAGACCCGGCGUACGGUGCCUCAUACAUUUCCAUCGCGAGAAAUCUCUCCGUCGCCGUCUCUAACAAGAUCACUGUACCUGGCCAGGGCGCUACCUGCUGGUCCGUCUUCGCGCCCGAGUUUGACGCCGUGUACUUGUCUGACGGCGCGUCGCCCAACAUCACCGCGCUUGACCCCGUGUCCGGCAGAACCAGGUUUGUCAUCACUGGGGACAGUCGAUCCACUGGCUCUUUUGAUUCCGCCGUGGACCGCUCGAGCCUUUAUGUUCUCCAAGGCAGCGCGGCUGUCGCCGUGUUCCAUCUCCAGGGGUCAAAGACCGGCGACCGUACACCUAGCCUGUCUCAGUACCUCGACCUGUCCUCCUUUGGAGCUCGAUCUGGCUGGAUUGGAAUGGCUGUCCAUUCUGGCUGA